AUGAACGGCACAGAGGGACCAGAUUUCUACGUCCCUAUGUCCAAUGCUACUGGCAUUGUUAGGAACCCCUAUGAAUACCCCCAGUACUACCUUGUCAGCCCAGCGGCGUACUCACUCAUGGCUGCCUACAUGUUCUUCCUCAUCCUCACCGGCUUCCCCAUCAACUUCCUCACACUCUACGUCACCAUCGAGCACAAAAAGCUGAGGACCGCCCUGAACUACAUCCUGCUGAACCUGGCUGUGGCCGAUCUCUUCAUGGUAAUCGGAGGCUUCACCACUACGAUGUACACCUCCAUGCAUGGCUAUUUCGUCUUUGGAAGAACGGGCUGCAACAUCGAGGGAUUCUUUGCUACUCAUGGUGGUGAGAUUGCCCUGUGGUCCCUGGUUGUCCUGGCUAUUGAGAGGUGGUUGGUCGUCUGCAAACCUAUUAGCAACUUCCGCUUCAGUGAGACCCAUGCCAUCAUGGGCGUGGCCUUUACCUGGGUCAUGGCUGCUGCUUGCUCCGUGCCCCCUCUGCUUGGCUGGUCCCGCUAUAUCCCCGAAGGCAUGCAGUGCUCAUGUGGAAUUGACUACUACACACGCGCCCCUGACAUCAACAAUGAGUCCUUUGUCAUCUACAUGUUCGUUGUCCACUUUAUGAUUCCCCUGUUCAUCAUCUCCUUCUGCUACGGCAACCUGCUCUGCGCUGUCAAGGCAGCUGCCGCCGCCCAGCAGGAGUCUGAGACCACCCAGAGGGCUGAGAGGGAAGUGACCCGCAUGGUCAUCAUGAUGGUCGUCUCCUUCCUAGUGUGCUGGGUGCCCUACGCCAGCGUGGCCUGGUAUAUCUUCUGCAACCAGGGAUCAGAGUUCGGCCCCGUCUUCAUGACAAUUCCGGCAUUCUUUGCCAAGAGUUCGUCCCUGUACAACCCUCUCAUCUACGUGUUGAUGAACAAGCAGUUCCGUAACUGCAUGAUCACCACCCUGUGCUGUGGGAAGAACCCCUUCGAGGAGGAGGAGGGAGCCUCCACCACUGCCUCCAAGACCGAGGCCUCCUCCGUGUCCUCCAGCUCCGUGGCUCCUGCAUAA